AUUUUUUUAUGUUUCGCUAUUACAGAAGCGUGAAAGGUCGCCGGGAAAAAGAAUGGAUCGGCUUCGACGAAGCUUCCGAGACAGCUUUCGUCGGCGAAAAGAUCCUCAUGUGCCCGAGUCUAGCAAACCUCAUCAAUGGCAAGCGGAUGAAAGUGCAGUGCGUUCAGCUACAUGCGCUUUUAACGUCAAGUACCUGGGAUGUGUGGAGGUGUUCGAAUCAAGGGGUAUGCAGGUUUGCGAGGAGGCUCUUAAAGUUCUUCGGAAUUCAAGACGAAGACCAGUGCGAGCUGUACUUCAUGUAUCCGGCGACGGACUGCGCGUUGUCGAGGACGAAACAAAGGGAUUAAUUGUUGAUCAAACGAUCGAGAAGGUUUCGUUCUGUGCGCCGGAUAGAAACCAUGAGAAAGGAUUUAGUUACAUAUGUAGGGAUGGAACGACGAGACGGUGGAUGUGCCACGGAUUUUUAGCGUUAAAAGAAUCGGGAGAAAGAUUAAGUCAUGCAGUGGGUUGUGCCUUUGCUGCCUGUUUGGAAAGAAAGCAACGACGAGACAAGGAAUGUGGAGUUACGAUGACUUUCGAUUCGAAAACUUCCACCUUUACGAGAAGCGGAAGCUUUAGGCAACCGAAUCUCGCGGAACGAUUGCAAGAAGCGCGCGAUCGUGCAGCAGAAAUGCCUCCGAUUAGACAGGUGUAUAAUCCCUUUGCGAUCGAAAGGCCACACGCCACUUUAUCUAUGCUGGAGCGACAGGGUUCCUUCCGAGGGUUUACGCAGCUAAGUCAAGCAUCCCCAUUUAAAAGGCAGCUCAGUCUACGAGUCAACGAUCUUCCUAGUAAUCUUGAACGCACACGUAGUCACAGUCUCGAGCCAACGGAUUUGGCACGAAUGCCCUCAGCUCAUUCCCACAUUGUACCUACAAAGCCCCCAGAAUUCGAAGGAUAUGACGAAGUGAGUCCAAUACCAGAAAUAUUUCCUGGUGGCCAUGACAGCGUCUCUGCGAUGUGUCAACAGCUUUCCCAAGGGCUUUCUCUGCUUUCGAGCAGCGACGAUUUCGGACCAAUACCGUCGUCUACCACGAGCUCCGUCGCCAAGCAACUCUUUACCAGUAUCACAACUAACUCUCCUCCAGUAACGAGUAGUAGCUCGUUGGACGAGAUGAAAUUGCAGAACGGUCCCAAUAUCAAUAACAACGAUAACAACGACAAGAAUGAAGAGCUCAAUAAUCUGAAUCAUGUCGGGUCCAGUUGGCAAGAGUCUGCAGCAUCCCCUGUUCUUGCAUCGAAUCACAGGAUUACGCCUCUCCUUAAAACGAGCAACUUGAGUCCUGUUCUUCCAAGGACGAACGCACCUACUCCGGUCGUGAUGAGCACACCGGCACCUGUUUCCUCUAGUGUGGGUGCUUUCGGCACUCCGCCGUCGGCAGCAAGUCCUGCCUUCAGCACGGCUUCUACGUCCUCUUUAGGAAAUAUGUCUACAUCGGCCGUAAAUAGAUCGCCGAUCCCAAUAAAUUCCGCGAUGACUCCGAAAACAAGUUCUCCCAGUACUAGCAUAGCAUCCGUUUCUCCAGCAUUACCAAUUUCGUCUGAUGUCACUCAAGUUUCAUCGGCAACUGGUAUCCCGACAGCUCUGGUGCAGCCGCUUCCCACGGCAGCCGGUUUGCCGAAACCAGAGCAAUGGUUGGGUAGCAUAACCGGCACUGUGCCGUCACCGGUUUCGCAGCAGAUGCCGGUUAGUCCCCGUCGAGCGCCUCCUCUUCACGCGAGAGCGCAUUCGCUCGGCUCGGCCGCGAUGAGCCAGAACUCCAAAGGAGGACCCUCCGAUCCUUUCGAUGUCGAGUGGGCGGAGAUCGCAGCCAGAAAUCUACGGCAGUCGGGCACGACGAAUCCGUUUAUCAUGCCGAACGCGGCCCAGGCGUUUCAAGUGCAGUUGUAGCGUCAGGAGUUUAUCAAUAGCGUCGCCAAGUAUUUCCAUUCGAACACAUAGCGGCCGCACGCUCGCUCGCGUUCCGACUCCGCACACGAUCGAAAGUACUACACGUGAGCCGCGUGUCCUCUCGAGCCAAUGCGCAAAACUCGACUCGUCGAGUUUCCGCGAAAUGGGUGUGGUAUGGCAUGGCAAGUUUACUACGGGACUUCCCUUCGGGAAGUUGGACCGAAGAAGAAGCGCGAUGAUUCUUCUUCCUCGAUCGAAUCGAAGCGCACGCUAGCGUAACGACAUUGGUGUGUAGUAACGAUGCGAAAAUUGAAACUCGGCACAAGAAAAAAUAUAUCAGCGUAAAAAAAUACUUGAAUAGAUAGAUAAGUAUGUACGCGCACAGCCUUAAUGCGACCUCAGUUAGAAAUAAAAGUAUAAAAACACGCA